AUGGACGGCUCCACACAGCCUACAGCAGGCUGUUCUAAGCAGGCAGCAGAUCCAUUUCACGACUGGGUAGAUUUUGACGCUCAAGAUGAAGGUCUCAGCCCCCUAGAUGGUAUGAGCGAAAACUUCGCAGGCAACACGAGCAGCACGACCACGAGUCCAACCGACAGGAACACAAAUGUGGAUGCUUCGCCAUCGCAGAUAUAUGCAGAGUGGCUUGACGCUCUUCCCAGCCCUCAGCAACAAUCGGCGGGGUCAGGCGUUACAUCUGAGGGAAAGAGGCUCAGCGACAAGCGGCGAGAGCAGAACCGAGCAUCGUAG